UCCUGCAUGGCUGCGAGUUGUCAAACACUGUAACUUCCAUUCAGCCUGUGGCUGGGUAGUCGACAUAGCAAGCUGUGAACUGACAGACGGGUGGAUUUAUUAACCAGUAGACCAGAUUCAAAUGAUGUAUCUGACCUGGGGGAUGGUCUUUGUCUUGGUUCAUGUUGAAGGUUGCAGCGACACCUCCAUCGACUCAGACUUCGGCGACCAGAGGCUCCUGUCCGGCCAGAGUUUCAACCUGACCUGUAAGUUCAGCUGCCUGAAGUCAUAUCACACCGUUCAGUGGUGGAAGGAUGACCAUGUCCUCCUGAGUGCCUCGUCCAUUCAGGGAAACAUCUCCCUGUGUCUGCAUGUGAGUGAUGCCAGAGUGAAGGACAGCGGGAACUACAGCUGUAAAACACAGCCGCCCGAUGCCAUUGGCACGGUGGGAGUCAUCGUCGUGGAAGAUCUUCCUACUGCUGCCGUAUCCACAGCUACUGUGCCCACAAUCAAGACAAAGGCCGAGAUCUUGAUUGUGGGGGUGGCCUGUUACCUGUUGUUGAAGGCUGGACUUCUGAUCACCAUGGUGACUACAGUAAGCAUAGUGCUGUCCUGCCUGACUGACUGAGCACCAUCCAGCUCUUAAACCAGACUGCUAGUCAGCUUUGCUUCAAGAUCAGGCACAUAUGCCAUCUCAUGUUGUAAAUUCCCUUCAAGUUAAUUGUCGGGGUGUGUGUGUUAAAUGUGUCUGCCAAAUGGCCCAACUUUGCAACUAAGUAUUACAUGAUAAGAUGUAUUAACUCAUUACUUAAUGAACAUGUAAUUCUCAGUAACUGCAAUAAACUAUCUGCACUCAGUGUCUUGUUUUGCCGUUUCCUUAUUACGUUUACCACCACUAUAGCGUCUAUGAACUGUAUUUCUUUUGCCACUAGUCGUUUUAACAGCUUAUUAGCCAGU